AUGGUGCAAACGCGCCAACAAGCCCACCGAAAGGCACAGCCUGACAAACGAAAGGACACCGCCGUCAAGUCUGGCGUACAGAAGCCGUUUCGAACUACAAAAGUCCGAAAAGGCAAGCAUGUCAAUGGUUCUCGAAGAGAAGUUAGCCUGUCUUCACAGGUCUAUAGGCUUUUGGAUAAAGAUGCAUCUGAAGAGGAUUUCAAAACCCUCCUAAAGGAGAGCAAAGACCAGUUGGACUUCAUUCCGCCUCUCGCGUUUGACAAUAUAUACGCCAAAGAUGUCUAUUACCGUGCUAUUCACAAGCAACGGCUUGAUGCUUUACCAUGGAUGCUUGAAAGACAAAACUUGGACAAUUGGAACACUCUCCAUUAA